AUGUCUCAGCCGGGCAUCCCGGCCUCUGCGCCCGGCCUGCCGCCCCAGAACGGGGCCGCGUCGGCCUCCGGCUCGGUCUACAGCAACGGUCCUGUCCACAAUGCACUGAUGUCUUCACACCUGUCAGUGGGCCAAGGAUAUAAUCCCCAGCUUCCAGGAGCCUACCCUCAUCUCAUGCCAGCAAAGACUUUGACUGCCUUUCCUGGACAGUCUAACUCUGGUGGUUCUCAGGGACCUGGGCAGACUCUUACUAGACCACCUGUGGCUUCUAAUCCAUCAACACCUUCACUACACAGUGGUCCUGUUCCUCAAAUGCCACUCCCUGCUUCUCAGAACCCAGCUGCUUCACUGAUGCCUUCUGGUAAUUUUCUGCCUGGCGCAAAUCAGCCACCACCUCUGAAUUGGCAACAUAACUACCCAUCCACUGGGUCACAGACAAACCACUGUCCUCGUGUGUCCCAACCAGCAGUAUCUGGGAACACGAGUUUAACAAAUCAUCAGUGUGUUUCUUCUGGAGACCCCUCACUGCAGAGUAGCUUCAUAAAAUCAGGUUCUGCACUUCCCUUACAGAAUCCACCUCUGCCUACCACUUUCCAACCAGGAGCUCCUCCUGGGCCCCCUCCAGCUGGCCAUCCACCUCCUCCAAGGGGCCCCUUGCCCCAGAAGCCAUCAUCUAGAGCUGCACCUCCACUUUCAUUUAAUUCAGCUGUCAACCAAGAAGGUGUUAUAUCUAAUGCCAAUAAUGGAUCUAUGGUGGGCCAUAGUACUUAUGAUGAAAUUGAAGGAGGUGGCUUCUUGGCAACACCACAGCUUACCAGUAAGAAUCCCAAAAUGAGCCGAAGCGUUGGGUGUGCGUACCCCUCCUUGCCGCCUGGCUAUCAGAACACAGCUCCACCAAGCGCAGCCGGAAUGCCACCAUCUUCCUUGAAUUACCUAAGUGGCCCCCAAGCCUUUACUCAGCCUUCCUUAGGUGCUAAUCAUUUAACUGCAAGCAUGAGUGGAUUAAAUCUGCAUCCAGAGGGCCUAAGAGUUGUCAAUCUUCUUCAAGAAAGAAACAUGCUUCCCUCGACACCUUUGCAGCCUCCAGUUCCAAAUCUACAUGAAGACAUCCAAAAACUCAACUGUAACCCAGAGUUAUUUCGAUGCACGCUGACUAACAUUCCUCAGACUCAGGCCUUACUGAAUAAAGCCAAACUUCCUUUGGGUCUUCUGCUUCAUCCUUUCAAAGAUCUAGUGCAAUUGCCUGUGGUUACCUCCAGUACCAUUGUAAGAUGCCGUUCAUGCAGGACCUACAUCAACCCUUUUGUCAGCUUUCUCGAUCAAAGACGGUGGAAGUGUAACUUAUGUUAUCGAGUCAAUGAUGUUCCUGAAGAAUUCAUGUAUAACCCUUUGACCAGAGUUUACGGCGAGCCUCACAGGAGACCUGAAGUUCAGAAUGCCACGAUUGAGUUUAUGGCUCCGUCGGAAUACAUGUUACGACCACCACAGCCUCCAGUAUACCUCUUUGUAUUUGAUGUGUCUCACAACGCAGUUGAAACUGGAUACUUGAAUUCAGUUUGCCAGAGUUUGUUAGACAAUCUGGACCUGCUUCCUGGCAACACUAGGACAAAAAUUGGCUUCAUAACAUUUGAUAGUACAAUCCAUUUCUACAGUCUUCAAGAAGGCCUCUCGCAACCUCAGAUGCUGAUAGUUUCAGAUAUUGAAGAUGUUUUUGUACCUAUGCCAGAGAACUUAUUAGUAAAUUUAAAUGAAAGUAAAGAGCUUGUCCAAGAUUUACUGAAAACAUUGCCACAAAUGUUUAUGAAGACUUUGGAAACCCAGAGUGCCUUGGGUCCUGCACUACAGUCUGCCUUUAAGCUGAUGUCACCAACUGGUGGUCGAAUGUCUGUCUUUCAAACACAACUACCAACUCUGGGAGUAGGCGCCCUGAAACCCCGAGAGGAACCCAACCAAAGGUCAUCUGCUAAGGAAAUACACCUGACACCAUCCACUGAUUUCUAUAAGAAAUUAGCUUUGGACUGUUCUGGUCAGCAGGUAGCUGUUGACUUAUUCCUUCUCAGUGGACAAUAUUCUGAUUUGGCUUCUCUGGGCUGUAUCUCUCGUUACUCAGCAGGCAGUGUCUAUUACUAUCCCUCGUACCACCACCAGCACAACCCAGUCCAAGUACAGAAACUGCAGAGAGAACUGCAGAGGUAUCUCACUCGGAAGAUCGGAUUUGAGGCGGUCAUGAGGAUUCGGUGUACCAAAGGGCUUUCCAUUCACACUUUCCAUGGGAACUUCUUUGUCCGGUCUACAGACUUAUUGUCUCUACCCAAUGUCAGUCCAGAUGCUGGGUAUGCAGUACAGAUGUCAGUGGAGGAAAGUCUUACUGACACUCAGCUGGUCUCCUUUCAGUCAGCACUCUUAUAUACAUCCAGCAAAGGUGAAAGAAGAAUUCGUGUGCAUACGUUGUGUUUGCCAGUAGUUUCAACUCUGAAUGAAGUCUUUCUUGGAGCUGAUGUCCAAGCAAUUUCAGGGUUAUUGGCCAAUAUGGCCGUCGACAGAUCGGUGACUGCCAGCCUGAGUGAUGCGCGAGAUGCUCUUGUAAACGCCGUCAUCGACUCCCUUUCAGCUUACCGCUCCUCAGUCCUGAGUAGCCAGCAGCCUGGGCUCAUGGUUCCUUUCUCUUUGCGGCUUUUCCCACUUUUUGUGCUGGCUCUUCUUAAACAGAAAUCAUUCCAGACCGGGACAAACGCACGUUUAGAUGAACGCAUUUUUGCUAUGUGUCAAGUGAAAAACCAGCCCUUAGUUCACCUUAUGCUCACAACCCACCCCAGUUUGUAUAGAGUGGACAACCUCUCAGAUGAGGGAGCACUCCACAUAAAUGACAGAACCAUCCCUCGGCCGCCAAUCCUUCAGCUGUCCGUGGAGAAGCUGAGCAGAGAUGGAGCUUUCCUCAUGGAUGCAGGCUCGAUACUGAUGCUUUGGGUUGGAAAAAAUUGUUCACAGAAUUUUCUCAGCCACGUUCUAGGAGUUCAAAACUAUGCAUCAAUUCCACAGACCAUGACAGACCUUCCAGAACUUGAUACACCAGAAUCUGCUAGAACAAUAGCUUUCAUCUCUUGGCUUAGAGAGCAGAGACCAUUUUUCCCUAUUCUUUAUGUUAUAAGGGAUGAGAGCCCAAUGAAAGCAGCCUUCCUCCAAAACAUGGUAGAAGACCGAACGGAAUCUGCGCUAUCAUAUUACGAGUUCCUCUUGCAUAUACAACAGCAAGUGAACAAAUGAAGACACAAUAGGUAUUGCUGAGGAAAUCACAAUCGUGCCAAGCGCCUGGGACUGUGUAGCCCCUCCUUUUUUAUUGUAGACCGUAGCUGACGUGAUGAUUCAGGUGUGUCACUGAUCUCAGCAGCCUAUGGUGAAGAAAGGGCUGCGGCAGAGAAUCAGACACACAGCUGAAACCCAUUUAUUUACAUAUGGAAACCUUUUUCCUUUGCUGCCAAUUAUGUUUGAAUUGUGGCUUGAAGUAAGACAAAAUUGCAGAGUCGAACAAAAUACAUUUUGUAAAAUAAAGACUUCUGUGUUCUGCAUGUACAUUUCUCAUUUUUAAUUUUCUGAAUUUUUGGCUGCUACAUUAAAAACCUCACAAGACUAAAAGUUCCAGGGAAGUUUUAAAUCCACUGAUCAUGGUCUUAAAAUUGCAAAAUCAUAAAGUAAAUAAGUUGUAGAAAAACUAGAAUUCCUUCUCCAUACCUGUUUUUUUCCUUUUUUAAGAAAGGAAAAGGACCAUCAUGUUAGCUAGAGUAGCUCUAGUAUACGUGAAAAACAGGUGAAAUUGUGUGUUCAAGUUGUAAUGUGUCCUAGUCUCUCUGCUGGAACAGAAGCGAACCUAGCUAGGUGAUUCUCUGAUUGGGCUGCUGAAGUUGAGCCAUCCCCAAAAGAUGUUGGGGCUGCAGUGACAAGAGGGCAAUAGGAUAUUGUGGUGUCAUGACCUCUGAGGGGCUGUUGUUUGACUGCUGUAAUGAAUAAUGCAAGUGUUAUUUUGGUGAGAUAAGGUGAAUGGAAGAAGCUAAGGAUUUCAUAAGCUCUAUCUCCAAACCUGUCAGUGAGUGGGUAAGAAUGACAUUGGAAGGCACUCGUAGUCUGGAAUGCUAGAACCCACUGAAGUAUGAGUGCUGCGUUUGGUUUGGUGGCUCAUACAAAUCCAACAGAUUGAAGUAUGAAAGAAGCUUGAUUUCUACAUGUGCUCAAAAGACUGCUUUUCUGAUUGUUAAAGAAGUAUACUCACAACUAUUGAAUGACUUUUGUUUACAAAUAAGAAAAUUAUACAUCUGUAUGUUUAAAAUGCUGUGAUUUAUCUUUGGAGUUUAGCUGAGUUUUCAGAUUCAUUUUGUCUUGUACGAACUUUGUGUGUGUGUGUGUGUGUGUGUGUGUGUGUGUGUGUGUGUGUGUACACAUAUGUGUACGUGCCCUUGCAGUGCCCCAUGAGCUCGUCUGAGGUUACCUGGGCCAACACUGGGUGUUGCACUCCACAGCUCUUGCAGUUACUCUCUGAGCCAGAGUUUCUUAAUGCUACUGGAGCUUGCUUGCUCUCUUUUAAAAGCAACCCAGGUGGUUUCCUGGUCCCUAGUCUCCUUUGUGGGACUGGGGCUGCAGGUGCACAUGGCCACUCCCGCUGUUUAUGCGGAUUGCAGAUUUGACUCUAGUGGUCUCAGGCCUCAUGCUUGCACGGGAAGUGCACUUAGCCAUCUCUCCAGCCUGUUUGAACGUCUUAAAAGGUGUAUAUGUGUAAUAUGUGAUAAAAAGGUUUCUGGGUUUUUGUCUUCAUAGGUUCAAAAAUGUGUUUACAAUCUCAGUUUUAUGUGAUCACCAACGUAACCAUAACUUUCGGUUUACAUCCACAUGGCCUGAUUUUAGUGUGGUUGGAUGGAGAAGCAGUCCGGCCCUCGAAAGUAUGCAGCUGCUGCUCACUAGCUGCUUCAGAACAGCUGUGUUUAUGAAAGCAGCACCUCCCUAAAGCAGUGUUAAGGAUUUUUUUUUUUUUUUUUCAGGUCGGGCAUGGUGGCACACGCCUCUAACCCCAGCACUUGGGAGGUUAGGGCAGGAUUGCCAGCCUGGGCUACCUAGCAAGUAUCAAACUAGACAGGGCUGCAUAGCAAGUCUCUGUUUCAAAAAGCCAAAAUAAAUUUUUUUUCAGUAUAAUAUUUUGUUUUUUUUUUUCUUGAAAACUGCAUCAUUUGUUAGGAAGCAGCUUUCAAAUUAUAGCCAAUUAAAAUAAAUUUAUCUUUUCCCCUCUUUAUAAGAAGCAGUCAUUAUGUACUGAUGUUUCCUAAAAUGAACUAAAGUUUUCGUCCUGGUAAAAUUUUACGUGUUGGUAUGAGCCAGUGCUUUGCUCACAGCAGUCAAGAACCCUCCAGAGGGAAGCGCCUGUGCUCCUGGGGUGGCCUUGCUUGUCCCUACCGCUCCCCAGUGUGUGGCCUGCUGCUACCACGUGCUCUGCUAGUGUAGUCCUCAAGCUUGCUUCUAAAAUUGACUUUACAUGCUGUAUAACAAGUACAAUCCAAAGUAAUUUUAUGAUUCUUAAAAACAUAACUUUAUUUAGGAUUCACAAUAUUUCUUCUCCACACAAUAAGAGAGUGAAAGAACUUUCUGGGAAUAUUGUUAUAAAACAGUUGUGUUUUGCCACAUUGAAUGUGUUUUUUAGUUUGAUUUUUUUUUUUUUUUUUUGGCAGUAGGACACUAUCCACCAAAUCAUCUUAUAUUAUUUUUUAAUGUAAAGCAACUAAUAUUUACACUUUGCCAUAUUUUUUUAUUGUAGUUGUAAAUUAUGAAAGAUCCUUGAAUUUUCUACAGAUCUACAACUAACUAAAGUAACAGGCAAGGGCAAUCUUGAUAUAUAAACCUGAGCAUGGCAGUCCUACCAUAAAAAGUACUCUAUUUUUCUAAUUUCUAGAAUUUUUUAAAUAAUGUUUCUGUAAGCCUGACAUACUAAGCAGUAUCAUUUAUUUUAACUUACAUAUGUUUUAAUUGUUUUUAAUUUAAUGUAAUAUAUUGAACCUAAUAGACUGUUUUGCAAUAAUUAGAAUAAAAGAUUUAUUUCCUCUAAUCAGAAAUGCAUAACAACUAUUAUCUAGGGGACCACCAAAUGUGAUUUAAAGAUUUUGUUAACUAUUACAAAUAUAAUCAUUACAUAGAAAUUUUAAUUUUGUAAAGUAGUGUGCGAUAGUGUAACAUUAAAUUCUUGUUCUCAAAUUAAAGUGUUGCGCAUCAGUGUGUCAUGAAAAGUCCCCCUUCUCAGAGUGCGGACACAAGAUUUGUCUUCCUUUUUACAAUCUGUGCUUUCCACUGUUUUAUUCCUGAAAAAAAAAAAUGUCAUUUGUAACCCAUGAAAAAGUUAUUUGAUCUGUGCUAAUUUAAGAAUUUAGCUAUUCAAUAAAGUUAAUUGAAAGAGCUUA